AUACCCCUCGGUCAAACUCACCCGACUCUCCGCGCCCGAGUUGCUGAUCUCCAUGCCGCCCUCAACCUUCCUACACCAGACUCCACGCUGCUCGCAGGUCCUCAACGCAUGCACCUCACCUUCAGCGUCAUGAAUCUCACUUCCGAGUCCUUUCCGAUUGCACUUGACCUCCUGCACCGCCUCCCGACUCUCCUCCCGCUCACAGACGUAGCCCCGACCGUCACCCUCGACACAUUCGACGUCCUCAGAAGGGAAUCCCGCCGUCGCGUCCACGUCUUAUGGAUUGGCCCAUCUCAACCCAUGCCUUUGUUCAGCCAAAUCAAUGAGAUCUUCCGCGAAGAGGGCUCCAUAACUGACACGCGUCCCCUCAAGCUACACAUGACACUCAUGAACAGCACAUACAGAAGACCUCGAACGAAACGCCCUCUACCAUUCGAAUAUGAUGGUAUCCUCAGGCAGGCAGGCGUGCUGAAAUGUUUUCGUGUGCAGGAGAACGAGUACGUUGAGCUCCCGAUGGCAGUUACGAUGGGCUCGUACGACGCACCCAGAGUUCAUCUCUGUGAGAUGGGAAGCUGGGACACGGACGGCGCGUAUGUCAGCUGCGGCAGUGUGCCAUUAUCAACUAAUCCAACGUCCGCAUAGCCAGUCGACUGCCGAUUUCAUUUUCUCCUGACAUUUAUGGUCCUCGGCAACGUCGGUUGGGUUGGUGAGCGGUUGUUGGGAACCUGGUUUUAAGGAGGUCAUCGACUGGGCCUUUUUGGCGUAGUUUCUUUGUUGUGGGAAGGAUAUUCGCGUUAUGAGAGGCCUUAUAGAAGGCUUGGCUGCCUUUACGACGAGG